ACCCAUCCAACAUGGCGGCCACGCUGAAACGUCGGCAGCGCCAGUCCGUGGGGCGUCUACCUACACGGCGUCUAUGGCCGCUCCCUGCCUUAACGUUGAAGCCGUGUAGUUCCUGCUCAUUGAGCACUCUCGCCUGACAGAUGAUGGCUUGGAGGGCUGCAACGCGGCUUGUGAACAGGACUUUGCUGGAACUUGCAGUCGGCGUCAGAGGCGGAAGCAGCCGGGGGACCAGACGCUCAUACCGGAUAAGGGCCAGCUGGACAGCCGGUGCUCUGGGUAGCGGAAGAGCAGCAUUCCUGCUGGGACUCCCUGUGCUGUCUGCUCUGGGUUAUCAAGCUUUCCGUAAGGUGCAGAGUUCAGCCGUGGUGUUUGCUCUAGACAAAGAGGAGGUCCUGGAGCAGGCCGACUACCUGUACGGCAGUGCAGAGACAGAGAAGCUGUAUCAGCUGCUGCUGCAGUACAAGGACAGCGACGACGCAGAGUUCCUGUGGAGGCUGGCCCGGGCGUCGCGGGAUCUGUCCAUGCUGCCCGACACGGACGGCGGGAGGAAAAAGCAGCUGGUGUUCGAGGCCUUUGAAUAUGCAAAGCGGGCGCUGGAGAGGGACGACAAAUGUUUCGCUGCACACAAAUGGUACGCCAUUUGUCUCAGCGACACGGGGGAGUUUGAGGGCGUCAAGGUUAAAAUAGGAAAUUCCUUCAUCAUCAGGGAGCAUCUGGAGAGGGCCAUUGAGCUCAACCCCAAAGACGCCACCUCCUUACACAUCCUAGGUUACUGGUGUUUUGCCUUUGCCGAGUUGCCGUGGUAUCAGCGCAAAGUGGCGGCCGUCAUUUUCUCCACACCGCCCACGUCGACGUUUGAGGAGGCUCUGGAGUUCUUCCUGAAGGCCGAGAAAGUUGACCCAAACUUCUACAGCAAAAACCUGCUGAUGCUGGGGAAGACUUACAUGGCCAUGAAAGACAAGGAGAAAGCGCUGCUCUGGCUGACCAAAGCUAAGGAGUACCCUGCUCACACGCUGGAAGACAAAGAGGUCCAUAAAGAGGCAGUGGAGCUCCUGAAUCAGCUUUGACCGCUACCUCGGCACGCCACGGGGGGGGGCCUUUUCACGGAGGAUGGACCGGACCUGGUGCCACGAAGGAAGAACCGCAGCAGAACCUACCGGUGCAUUUAACGUCAGGGGGACCGAAGGAAACCAAAACCAAACGAGAUCUCGUUCCAAGUUCCCGUACGCAGCUAUUGGUGCGGUAGAAACGUGUCGUUUCUGCCGCUGUUGGAGAGAAUAAGGCGUUAGUGAACUAAUCUAUGCAGCCAGAGAUCUCAUGCUGAUAAACACCUUUACAGUGUGCUUAUUUACUUUUACAAGGUUUUGAAUGCAAUGUAUUUUAAUUUUUUUAGCUACUUCUGUUUGAACUGGUUGAUAAACUGUAGAUCCACCCAGAUGUUCUGAGCCCAUCUGCAUUUUGCAGAAGCACGUUACAAACCUCGUACACCUCAAGCCUCGUAUAAGCGCGGGUCAGUAACCAUGACUACUGCUCUGCUGAUUAAAGUCCUUCAGCGAGUGACUGCAGUUUACUGCCCCUCCUCCGCCUGUUUCUGUGCACUGCUUGUGAGACAAAUUUGUCUGUUUAUGAAGUAUUUUCUUAAAGUUUGAAAAUAAAAAAAAAAAAACAGCUCUCACCAUCA